GAUUGACACUGUUGAACCCCACGGAAGUUCCUGUCUGGUUAUUAUUAGUGGUGCGCCCGCACUUGCUGGCCGGAAGAGAAGCUCUCUCCUUUUCACACAAAACAACAUACAAAAUACAACCAAUCAACCGCCACCAGUACCGGUACAUGGAGUAGAACGUUCACUGCCACCAUUAGACUCGACUCCGUUUCCACCGAGCACAGAAGCUUCUACCCCGCCAUUAUACGAAGUUAACAAUCCGCUAAUAGGAUACUCAUAUACCGAAAGAUGAUGCCUCCACGAGCUUGUCCCUCCAAUGUGGUUCGUCAAAUGGAUGUUCCCUCCAUGAUCACAACAACCACAUCAUCAAGAAGCCAUACUUCGGCAGACUUGCACGAAUCUCUGACAGUCGACGCCAUGGACUUUGAUCAUGACAGCCACGCAGACACACGGUCAGAUGCUUCGUCUUCCGCAAACUACUCUCAUCCUGACUCUUGCAGAAUAGAAGAAUCUCCAUCUUUCGGAACUACCAUUGCUAUUAGCCAUAUCACUCCUGCCUCCACGCCUCGCACUUCCGCUUCCUCCCAACAGAACGUACGGGUCAAUGUAGGAGGAGAGUACUUCUCGUUUCCGGAGUCCAGCUUUCAACGAUUUCAUUGUUUGCCUUGGAAACGGAAUGUAGAUGGUGUUCUGCAUCUCAACAGCACUGCCGCAGUGUUUGAAGUUCUGCUCGAUUACGUCCUCUUUGAAACACUCCCCGCCUACGAUACCAUGUCCAAGGAUGAGUUUCAAGAGUUUGAAACCAUGGCUCUCAGUAUGGGAGGCCUGACCAAACUCAUUGAACACUUUGAUCGCAAAGAUUCCUAUCUCGCCAAGGAGCUACGACAACGACGAAGCUUCUCCUUUAACAGCAAGAAGCAAGGCAACUUUUUGUUGAAUGGAGAACAGAGCCACAAGUCACCCAAUUCGGUACGAGCCACGCAAUGUGCCCGCUUUCUAGGGGCCAUUUGUGGAGUCGCCGAAUCCAUGCGACGACGACCAAGACAAGCCGGCAGUGGAGAUCCGGCAGUGGUCAAGAGACUCAAGCUGGGUCCAGGCAAAUGGUGUCACAAUGCCAUUAGCUAGACAGACAGACGCUGGACGCUUGCUGCUUCUAUGUGUCUUCUGUGGUGUUCCAGUGGAUCUACUUGUCUCUUCCCGUGUCUCUUUGGCGAACUGUAUAUCCUUGUGCAUUGCCUCCUUGUGUCUCUGUGGAGCCCAAUGGAUGGUGUUUAUACGUCUUUUUCAUUUUCUGCUAACUAUCUAAACAUCCAUGUAUCUACAUCU